CUCGAUUGGAAACAAAUGACGACAAUGUCAUAAGGAGAAGACUCUUCUUAUUACUUUCAUGUUCAGUGUCAGAACUGCUACGGCUUCCACAUCACGCUCGUUACUAUUCGCACAUUCCUUUCAAAUUUUUGAUGGCCCGCUUCCCUGAUGGCCGUGGAGUAAAUUGCAAAGGCACCGUACACGAUCACUCUUCGCCACCAUGCAGGGCGGGAAUAAGCUCCGUGCUUAAGCACGUUAUCCGCAAAGCUCAUAGCUCACGUCGAAGCAAGCAUGGGGAUACAGCAGCGAGUGCUACAACAAGCAGUAGCUCCAGGUUGAAAAGCGCGCUCAGAUAUACGAAAAAGUCUCAGAUGUCCCAUUCCACGUCCUCUGCAACAUUUCAAUGUCGUGGAGACACCAGAUCUGCUCCUGGAUCGCGUAAAACUUCACCUAACCGCCUCAGUACCGCACAGUCUGUCCCUAGUAUCCCUACUCUCGGGUCCUCAUCCUCCUUCGUCAUUUCCCCGACCCACCUCCCCUUAUCCGCAUAUCUCCGAGAAAAGCUCAGAACAAUCCACCAAAUUGAAGUCUCCUCCAAAGAGCAAAUUUGCUAGCUCCAUUCGACACAAAUUUUGCUACUCACUGAUGAACCCUGGCCCGCCGUCCUCCAAUAAGUCCGAUUCUAUUCAGUGCAGCGACCGCAAGUCUCAAACCUUACCUGCUGGGGAGGCUCAGCGGUCUUCC